GAUCCACCUGCUUAUGUUUCUACUCAUGAGUGAUAAGUUAUUUCUCCACUGCCGCCGGUGAAAUGAGGCCAUUUAAGCCAGAUUAGAUUAUAUUAAAGGCAGGUUUAUUGGGAAGCUGCACUUGGAUGGAGCGGCAGUCAAGAGGGGUGUCAGGAUGAAUGUGGGCACAGCACACAGCGAGGUGAACCCCAACACACGGGUGAUGAACAGCCGCGGCAUCUGGCUCUCCUACGUGCUGGCCAUCGGACUCCUGCAUGUCGUGCUGCUGAGCAUUCCCUUUGUGAGCGUCCCUGUUGUCUGGACCCUCACCAACCUUAUCCACAACCUGGGCAUGUACAUCUUUCUGCACACCGUGAAAGGGACACCCUUCGAGACUCCAGACCAGGGCAAAGCAAGGUUGCUGACCCACUGGGAGCAGAUGGACUACGGGGUCCAGUUCACAGCCUCUAGGAAGUUCUUAACCAUCACGCCUAUUGUGCUGUACUUCCUCACCAGCUUCUACACCAAGUAUGACCAAGUCCAUUUCAUACUCAACACCGUGUCCUUGAUGAGUGUGCUCAUUCCCAAGCUUCCCCAGCUCCAUGGAGUCCGGAUCUUUGGAAUCAAUAAGUACUGAGGUUGUAGCCCCUUCCCCAGCCAGGUUGGCAGGGGAAGGGUGGAAGGCCUUUGCUGUGAUGCUGAAGACAGGAGCCUCUGGACACUGCCAGAGAUGGGGGUGUGCCCUGGGCCUGGCUUCCCCGUCGCUUCCCCAGUAGCCGACUUGGAGUAGCUUGUAGUGGGGUUAGGGUGGGGCCCUUGGGCUCUAACCCAUUCUGAAGUUUUUGAUCUUUUUCCUUUUGCCUUUUGAAUAGAGAUGCCAUGGGGGUGGUCAGGAAAGAGGCUGGGCUCUCUGGCUGACUGUGGGCCUGAGAAAUUGGGACAGGAAGCCAGGAAAAACCCCUGUUGGCUUGUUUACCCUCAGGCAGCCAUAGCACUUUAGCCCCCACAAAGGGGGCAGAGGGACGGUACAGCUUCUGCGUUGAUUGCCCUUAGUCCUUCAGUGUGUGAAGCGAGACUCACUAUUCUGUAUGUAUUAGGACCCUGCGCCGUGCUGCCUCUGCCGCCAGGCAGGGAGCAGGCAGGCUUUGUGGGCUUCCUGGCAACCCACGAUGGGUAGGCUGUGGGGCAGGGGAGAUUAGAAAAGGAAGGUGGGUUGAUGGGACACCUAGAGGUGGGGACAGGAUGCUGCCACCUUGGUCCUGGGGAGAGGGGAGUUCUGAGCAACGGUUGGGUGGGGAUAGUAAGUUGGGUCUUACUUAGAAUGGACAAGAUAACUGCAGCCGAUAUGGAUCAGUGUAAAAAAGAGGUCUGGGAAGGAGAAGCCAGACUCAGCCUCCUCUGGGAUGUGGGCUAGAAGGAGAGCUGGCGUGGAGGGUUAAUUUACCCACAGAACGAUGCUGAUAGGAAGGGAGGUCUCUGUGGGUUUGAACUCCUGGGUUGGAAUGAGGAUGUGCACAGACUGGAAGGGCCUGUGAGUCCUCAGAAGCGGGUUCACUUCGACACUUCCCUUAGUGGCGCGAGAGGAAGCUUUCUGAGAGGCUCUUCCUUAGGCGUUCAAUUCGUAUUCUUGUGUAGAUUGUGCUGGGGCAGUGCCUCUUAUGUGGCUUGCAUGUGAAUGGUCAGGAGGCCACCUCCACAUGUGGCCAGUGGCCUCCACAGUGCUACAGGAUCCCUGCCCAAACAAGGCAGUAGUAGGGGCAGCUGCAGGCACUGUCCUCAGCCCAAAGAGAGGCAGGUCAUGGAGCCUGAGGCUAGGCCGAGAGGAGCUGUCUCUCCACUCGCUGGAUCGACUGGGGCAUGUUCCUUUGGAAACCUGUGGCUGCCCAAGCCCUCUCCCAGGGAGGGGCUAGAGGGAGGUCACUCACCUGUUUCUCCCCCCGACUCUCAUUCUGAACCCCGUGUAUCAUAGGGAACUUUCACCUUCUGGUCUUUCUAAGCAAAGUGUGAAUAGGAUUUUUACUCCCUUUGUACAGUAUUCUGAAAAAUGCAAAUAAAGAGCGACAUGUUCUGUUUA